ACAUAUUAGAGCUUCCUAUUCUACUUGAAUCAGUACAACAUGUAUAAAGGGGACUGUCACCUUCAUUAGAGUAUGAUAACAUGGAUGUGCUAUCUUUAACGUGGCUAAUUUGUGGGGUAUAUAGUUUUAAUGUAGAUACAGACAAUGUGGUCAGUAUGAGGGGACCAGAAGGCACAUAUUUCGGGUAUUCAGCAGUGAUGUAUGAUAACGACGACGGAAAGCAAUGGGUUGUUGCUGGAGCUACAAAAGCCAAUUUUUCAAACGACAACGACAUAAUAGAACCAGGCAAUAUAUUCAAGUGUCAAGUUGACUUCAAACAGUCAGUACAGAAUAAAUGUGAACCUAUGAACCUCAGAGUAAAUGAUAAUAACAAAUGGCCUGACCUACCUGGAUAUGAAGAAGAUAAUGAGUUACUUGGAGCUUCCAUGUCAUUUAUAGAUGAUACUAUUGUUACUUGUGCUCCAAUGUGGAAGAAUAUGAUUCCUCUGAAGAGUUCAAAACUUGUUCAUGCAAUUGGAAGAUGUUUUAACAUUGACAGAAGUCUCAAAUCAUAUACGACAAAACAGUUUAAAAACAAAGUGUUUAAAGCUCAGUACACACCAGAAAACAGUAACGAUCUUAGUUUUGAAUUAGCACAGAUUGGAUUUUCAAUAUCUAACAAAAAGUAUGAAGAAGACCCUAAGCUGCACAUUCUUCUUGGAGCUCCAGGUUUUUUUGAAAACAAAGGCGGGUUUCUUCAAUACAGUGCAACAGAAACAACAGAACAGUUUUUUGACAGCUUCACACAUACGGAAUUUGAAUCGGAAACUCAAAAACAAGGCAUAAAGCAAGGAAGUUUCAUGGGUUAUUCAAUUACCUCAGGAAAAUUGUCAGAUUCUGAUACAGAUUGUCCAAGUGUUAUUGUACUAGGCACACCACAUUUUAGUUCAAAAGAUGGAAUUGUGGGAGCGGUUCUUGUAGUAUGCGCAGAAAUAAGAAUGACCGGAAAAAGAUUGAAUGUGAAGAAACAGUUUAGUGGCAAACAGUCAGGAAGUGGAUUUGGCAGUUCUGUUGCCUUUGAUGAUAUAAACGGUGAUGGAUUAGAUGAUCUGCUAGUAGGAGCUCCCCUUCAGUAUAACAGUGUAUUAGAUUCAGGAGUAGUACAUAUAUACUAUGGCGACAAAGAUGAAAAUGUUCUUCUGAGAAUAAGUCAAAAGGAGUUACAAGGUCAUUCAGAAUGGGGACGAUUUGGUACAGCACUGCAGUGUAUCGGAGAUAUAAAUAAGGAUGGUUAUAAUGAUGUUGCUAUCAGUUCACCGUACGAAGACAACGGUAAAGGUUCGGUCUAUAUAUAUCAUGGUGGUCCUACAGAACUUACAUUUACACAGAAGAUACAAGCUAAAGAUAUAAGUAAUGAUUUGUUUUCAUUUGGUUGGUACAUUUCUGCUGCUUAUGACAUUGACAAAAACAAUUAUUCAGAUUUCUUGAUUGGAUCCUACAAGUCAGACAUUGUUACAGUUUUACGAACCAGACCUAUUAUAAAACUGAAUAGUACAGUCGAAAUCUACCCGUCUGUGAUACCUCUAAACUCUUCCGAACUGAAAUGUAAAGAUGAACAGUACAGACCAUGUGUGACAGUCAAACUGUGUUUCUCUUAUAAUGGAUUCAAUGUACCACCGGCAAUAAUGGUCGCCUAUAAUAUAAGUGCAGAUACAUCACGAACUAUGUCAGUACACAGUAAACCUGGUCGAGUUCACCUUUCUUCCAACAAUGAAGACUUUGGAAGUGAUAACCUUAUAGGGAAAAACAUUCAAGUCGGAAAAGGGUCAGGAUCAUGUGUGGAAUAUUAUGCUAUCGUGCAAGCAGUUGAUAGGAAAUUUUUUGAAUCACUUGAGGAGAGUUUAGUUAUUGAGACGACAUAUGGACUGAGUGAAACACCAAUAAUAGGAGAAGUACAACCUAUACUGGAUAAUGUUCCCUCAAGAAAUAGUAAUUCGGCAAAUUUUUCUACUGGUUGCAAUGGAACAUGCAAUCCUGACUUACAUAUUGAAGCCACCUUAAAUCCGAAAGAAAUUAUCGUAGGAGAGACUUCAGAAACAGUACUAACUGUAAAAAUUACUAAUACAGGAGACCAGUCACAUGGAACACAGAUAAAUAUUGAGAUAUCUAACAAUACCAGAUAUAUUGGAUUCAGUCAACCGACAAAUCAGGUUACAGAGCCUGUAGACUGUAGAAAUAUUGUCGAGGAAAACAAUGAGACACAUGUACAGUGUGAUCUGCGAAAUACAUUAUUUCAGCAACAACAGGCAACGUUUAGUGUACGGUUCAGUGUGUCACGUUAUUUGUUAAUUAAAGAGAAUCAAAAUCUUGGUAAUUUUGAACAAAAUAUAAUCUUUAUAACAAUGGCAGAAACAACGAGUCCAGAUUUGGAUAUGUCAGAUAAUCAACGAAAACUGAUAGCAUCUGUCAAGUUACAUGCUCAUGUAGAACUGACUGGGAUAUCAAAACCGGAUCAGUUAACUAUCUCUGAGAGGAAGAACAAUGUUCUUACGUUUAUUCAUACGUACGAAAUAAAGAAUAGAGGUCCAAGUCCGUUGCAUAAUGGAACUAUAGAAAUCUGCCUACCUGUCAUAUCGGAUAUAGAGAAAAAUAUGAUGGCAAGAGGGACAAUACAGGUCUUGAAUAAUAGUCCCGGAAUAAGUUGGAGAGUAAUUAAAUUUCUAGGAGAGAUGAUAUACAAACCAGAGAGACAACUGUCGACUACGACAACCAAACCUCAAACUGAAACAUUGCUUCCAACAUCCACAUUACCGGAAAGACCAACUGUUAAUCCAAAUCGGAAACGGAGAGAAACCUCACUCAGACAAACUCAAGAACAGCAAUCGAAACGAUCAAUUAAGGAAAUUUCAUGUAGCACAGUUGAUUCGAGUAAAUGGGCGAUCAUUGAAAUAAAGGUUGACAUGUUAGAGAAAGACCAGACAGAAACAUUUGAUGUGUUAGUGAAUAUAUCAGAAAAUUCACUUAGUUUUACUAAGGUAUCGGCUAUACUAUAUAAGAGUAUAGGAACAGUUCAAAGUAAAAACGACAACAGACAAUUGAUUGUGGCUGUAAAUACAUCAUAUGCAGUUCCAAGUGAAAUAUUCCCUAGAGAGGUGAGACUUGAAUCGGAAAAAGUAAAUAUAUGGAUAAUAGUUGGUGGAUGUGUUGGUGGGUUACUGCUUUUGAUAUUAGUUGGUAUUUUAUUGUGGAAGUGUGGAUUUUUCAAACGAAAGAAGAAAGACCAUAUUCAAAAAUGGAAACGGCAAAGUGGUUAUUACGCAAAACGACAAAGUAUGAGAGCGGGUUCUACAAAAAGUUCAAAUUAUAAACCUGUGGAUUGGUAACAGAGUUGUAUUCAAAUAAUCAAACUAUAAUUAAGAAGGAAAUAUUGAGGUUAUGCCAAAAUGUAGGAAAAAGGGCAAUUGUCACCAGAGAUACAGUUAUAAAGAUUGAAUUUAAAAUCUGCAUAGAUAUAUGGCAAUAAUUAUUUGCCAAAUUUACAUUUGAAGUGUGUUUUUAUGUGUUUAUUUGGUGUUUGGUUUUCUUUUGUUGUAUGAUUGCUGCCUUAUCUACGCCUACUCUAGAUAAUUUAAAUCAAUACAAUUAAAUUUGCUGAGCUAGGUAAAUAGUGUUAAUCAUAUCAAACUAUCCAAUAGCUAUAACACCGGGUUUAUCUAAAUGUUUUUUUUCUAUAAUAUAUUUUUUUUUAAUUUUCUAUCAAUAUUACUUAAAACUAUUUAAACAAGGAUACACUGCAAUGGUGAUGAAGUUUUUUUAAUUAGGUCAUGCGCAUAUAAAUAUGAACUAGAGGGUUUCAAUGUCAUAACUAUAGAUACUGAAAACCUGUAAAUAUUGCCAGACUAGAAUCUUUGAUAAAGAGGUAAUUAACCAACAAAAUAGAACACUUAUGCGGAUCAAUGGUAGAAUUCCAACCUUAGAACCUGUAAAGUGCUGAUUUUUUUCAGUUUAUCCUGCAAAUGAUGAUUGAAAUGUAUUUUGUACUACGACAUUGUAUUCAUGAAAUCUUAAAGUACUAACUCUAGUUGAUCAUAGUAAUUGGAACAUUUAGACCCUAGAGACUGGUUAUUACGUUUGGAUUAAAAUGUAAUAUUUUGAGAAAAUGAACUAUUGCGUUUUAGUUUUCA